GUGACACUCGUAUAUAUAGCGGUACCAUAACAUUUGUACGUCCUAUUACCUCCGACAUCAUUCAGUGUUCGUGGUUGAUAUCUCAGUGUCUCGAUCGAUAAACCUUCCCAACGAAAUGGCCGACGAAGACGUUGCUGCUUUGGUCGUAGACAAUGGCUCUGGUAUGUGCAAAGCUGGCUUUGCUGGAGAUGAUGCUCCGAGGGCUGUUUUUCCUUCGAUCGUCGGCCGUCCUCGCCACCAAGGAGUGAUGGUUGGUAUGGGCCAGAAGGACUCGUACGUCGGCGAUGAGGCGCAAAGCAAGAGAGGAAUUUUAACACUGAAAUAUCCCAUAGAACACGGAAUCGUCACCAACUGGGACGAUAUGGAAAAGAUCUGGCAUCACACGUUCUAUAACGAACUUCGAGUUGCUCCUGAAGAACACCCUGUUCUCCUGACAGAAGCUCCUCUGAACCCUAAAGCAAACAGAGAAAAGAUGACCCAGAUCAUGUUUGAGACUUUCAACACACCAGCUAUGUAUGUAGCUAUCCAGGCUGUUUUGUCUUUGUAUGCCUCUGGUCGUACCACUGGUAUUGUUAUGGACAGUGGUGAUGGUGUGAGCCACACAGUACCAAUUUAUGAAGGAUAUGCACUUCCCCAUGCUAUCCUUCGUCUUGACUUAGCAGGUAGAGAUCUGACUGACUACCUCAUGAAGAUCCUUACAGAGAGAGGGUACUCUUUCACAACCACUGCUGAGCGUGAAAUUGUCCGUGACAUCAAAGAAAAGCUGUGCUAUGUUGCCUUGGACUUUGAACAGGAGAUGCAGACCGCUGCCUCAAGCUCCAGCCUUGAGAAAAGCUAUGAGCUCCCUGAUGGACAGGUGAUCACUAUUGGAAACGAGCGAUUCCGCUGCCCAGAAGCAUUUUUCCAGCCCUCUUUCCUCGGCAUGGAAAAUGCUGGUAUCCAUGAGACAACCUACAACUCAAUCAUGAAGUGUGACGUUGACAUCCGUAAAGAUCUCUAUGCCAACACUGUCCUCUCUGGUGGUUCAACUAUGUACCCUGGUAUUUCUGACCGAAUGCAGAAAGAAAUUGCUGCUCUUGCCCCACCAACCAUGAAGAUCAAGAUCAUUGCUCCUCCUGAGCGCAAGUACUCUGUUUGGAUUGGAGGCUCCAUCUUGGCUUCCUUAUCAACCUUCCAACAGAUGUGGAUCUCCAAACAGGAAUAUGAUGAAUCUGGUCCAUCUAUUGUACACCGGAAGUGCUUCUAAAUUUUUGUGAACUACUGAACAGUUCUGUUUCAGUUGCUACACUGGA